AUGUCAUUUAUGGAGAGAUCUGCUAAUGUAUAUGCCACUGGCAUUAUACUUGGCGCUGUUGCGUUUGCUGUUCGACUGUACAAAAUAAGUAAUCCUGACGAAGUUGUUUUCGAUGAGGUGCAUUUCGGUAAAUUCGCUGCUUACUACAUUCUUAGAGAGUACUACUUCGACGUUCACCCACCAUUGGCAAAACUGCUGCUUGGGGCGGCCGGGUGGUUUGUCGGAUUUGACGGACAAUUUGAUUUCGAAAAUAUUGGGGACAGCUACACAGAGCACCAUGUCCCUUAUAUCGGCAUGCGUGUUCUUCCUGCCGCUUUUGGUAGCUUAACAGUUCCAUUGGCGUUUGCCAUCAUGCGUGAAUGCGGUUACCCUACGCUGGUCGCUGCGUUUUCCGCGUCUCUGAUCUUAUUCGGCAAGUCGCUCGUGCACAACGGACAUGUUGCGCAAGUACGCCUCAUACUAUUGGACGCUGCGCUGGUGUUCUUUAUGACACUCUCGCUGUACUCUUAUAUCCGUUUCCGGAAGCUUCGUUAUUGGGAGUUUACUUUCGAGUGGUGGGCUUGGAUGAUAGCGACUGGGGUCUCUCUGGCUUGCACCCUAGGAUGCAAGAUGGUUGGUCUAUUGACCUUCGCUACAAUUGGGACGGCUGUGUUGGUGGAUCUGUGGAAUUUAUUAGACAUUCGAAAAGGCCUUUCCUUGGAACAUGUGGCCAAGCACUUCUUUGCCAGAGCCCUUGGUUUGAUCGUGAUCCCUUUUGUCGUCUAUCUCUCCUUUUUCUGGAUACACUUCAAGAUUCUUAUUCGUUCUGGCACGGGUGAUUCCUUCAUGAGUCCAGCGUUUCAAGAAACGCUACAAAAUAACGAGAUGCUCCUCAACAGUCAAGAGAUUCGUUAUUACGACACAGUCGCAAUACGUCACAAAGACUCUAAGGUCUAUCUGCAUUCACAUGUGGAGCGAUACCCAUUGCGUUACGAUGACGGCCGAAUCAGCAGCCAAGGCCAACAGGUUACUGGUUAUCCUUUCAAUGAUACAAACAACUUCUGGCAAAUUGUCCCGACGAAGUCGUUGCCUCCUACUGGGCGGGGUCGCAUUGUUCGCCACAAAGAUGUGAUCCAACUAUUGCACGUGAACACUGAUUCUAACCUCCUCACCCACGAUGUUGCGUCACCCUUGAUGCCCACGAAUCAAGAGUUCACUACAUGGCCUGCGAAUGAUACCACUCGAUACGAUGACACUCUUUUCGAGGUCAACAUCCUCGAAGCUCACGAUGGGGAACCGUGGAAGACCAAGUCGGGCCAAUUUAGACUUGUUCAUGUUCCGACUCGCGUGUCUAUGUGGACUCAUUCGCAACCCCUCCCCGACUGGGCUUUCAAGCAGCAAGAGAUAAACGGGAAUAAAAACGCGCAGGACAGAACAGCUACAUGGUUUGUGGAUGAGAUUGUAAGUGACGAAACCGGGAAUGAUAUAAGAAAUCGAACGGGUACCGUGGAAGACAAACCGGUGAAACGCCUGAAUUUCUUCCGAAAAUUCUUCGAACUGCAGAUGUUGAUGUUGCAACAUAACGCUGGUUUAACAGCCUCCCACCCUUAUGCCAGUGGACCUAUCAAUUGGCCUUUCCUCAUCAGUGGUAUCAGUUUCUGGACGCAUAAUGAUACACAAAGACAGAUCUAUAUGAUUGGAAACAUCAUUGGUUGGUGGACAUGCGUCAUGGCUCUCUCGAUUUAUGUCGGGAUUAUUGGCGCAGAUCUGCUCGCGCGGAGGCGGGGAGUGUAUCCUAUCCCAGAUCCUCUGCGAAAUCGGCUAUGGAACUCCACCGGAUUGUUCUUUGCAGCGUGGGCAUACCACUAUUUCCCGUUCUUCUUGAUGAGCCGUCAGCUAUUCAUCCACCAUUAUCUACCGGCCCAUCUGGCAUCAGCGUUGCUUGCCGGUGGCGUUUUCAACUUCAUCGUGUCCGAGACGAUCAACUAUCCUAUUUCUGUUGCUGGUCCAAGCACGCGUCUGCGACCAAAGACCCAUGCAGAGCUUGGACUGCGGUCUUUCAUCGCUGUUGGAGUUUUUGUCUCAGCUCUCAUUGCAAUGUUUAUCUUCCUCUCCCCACUUACCUACGGUACUCCAGGACUGGAUGGGAAUCAAGUGAAUCGCAGGAGACUACUGUCGACCUGGACCUUACACUUCGCAGGAAAAUGA